GCUACUGGUAAAUCAAUCAUCUGCAUGUGCCUGGUUUUGCCACGGAAAAACUAUCACAGAGGGAAAAAAUAGCCUCAUCGUCCAGAAUGUUUUAAUUAUUGAUUCAAAUCACUGCAUAUCCGAGAAGCCGCGCGUCACUACACUUAUUCGCUACGAUGGACAGUGACGAGUUCGACGAUGACAUCGCUGAUGAGGAUUUCAUUACCGCUCUUGAUCAAGUCUCGUCUUCUAUGAACGGACAAGGCAACACAAAAGCUUUACAUGCAGUAGCAUCGCAACCCUCAAACAAGCCAAACCCUGCAGCUGUGGCAGCUUUGGAAUUGGAGGAUCUCCCCUCAGAUGCGUUCUCAUCCCCAGAGCCACAGUCGAGAUCGAAUGUGUCUGUAGCAGCCUCGGCUGGUCAGGCCCCUCGCACAGGGUUCAAUCGAACAAGUUCCGGAAAUUGGCGUCAGACGACUCUUUUUGGCGGCUCACUAUCAAGCGAUGGCCCGCAACCUUCACAGCCAGCAGCGGCGACAAGAGUGUUCCGCGUCGAUCUUCCUCGAGAAGAACCAACUCACCAUGAAGUCGACACUGAAGCUAUGCAGACAUGGGUUUAUCCCACCAACUUGGGCGCUAUUCGAAACUACCAAUUCAGUAUCGUCAAGAACAGUUUGUUUAACAACACCCUAGUAGCAUUGCCAACUGGCCUUGGGAAAACUUUUAUUGCCGCAACCGUCAUGCUCAACUUCUAUCGAUGGACCAAGAAAGCCAAGUUAGUAUUCGUUGCUCCAACAAAGCCCCUUGUGGCACAACAAGUCGAUGCUUGCUACAAUAUUGCGGGUAUCCCACGGUCUGAAACAACACUGUUGACAGGCGAUAUCCCUCCAGCUCUCCGUGUUGAUGAGUGGGAGUCACGUCGAGUCUUUUUCAUGACUCCCCAGACGCUACUAAAUGAUAUAUCACACGGAUAUGCCGAUCCGAAAUCUAUAGCUCUGUUGGUCAUUGAUGAGGCUCAUCGUGCGGUUGGAGAGUAUGCGUAUGCGAAGGUCACCAAACUCAUUCGACGAUUCUCCAAGAGCUUCCGAGUACUAGCAUUGACUGCCACCCCUGGCUCAAAAAUCGAGACAGUACAAGAAGUCAUUGACAACCUAGGCAUAUCCCACUGCGAAAUACGCACAGAGGACUCAAUAGACAUUCGUCAGUAUGUUCAUCAGAGGAAUAUCGAACAGGUUGUCCUUGAUCCGUCCGACGAAAUGGUCCUAGUAAGCGAACUUUUCACCAAGGCCCUGAAACCGAUGACAGAUAAACUGAGCUCGCAAAAUAUCUGGUUUGGGCGAAGCCCGAUGGCUAUCACAGCAUACGGAUUGAUGCAAUCCCAAAGAGAAUGGUUCGCUUCUCGAGGGAGGCAUGCGAACCAGGGCGUACAACACAUGAUGCGAGCUGUCUUCAGCGUUCUUACCAGCAUCGCACACUCGAUAAAAUUGCUAAACUUCCACGGUAUUAAGCCUUUCUAUGACAAUCUUGUCGACUUGCGUAGCGAACAGGAAGGCAAAGGAGAAAAGGGCUCCAAGUACAAGCGCCAACUGAUUCAGGAUUCUAAUUUUCAGGAGAUGAUGGAUAGGAUUUCUAAAUGGCUUCGUACGGAAGGUUUCGUGGGACAUCCCAAACUCACAGCCUUGGCCGAUACUGUGUUGAAUCACUUCAUGGACCAGAGUGACAACUCGGCGACUCGUGUAAUCGUGUUCAGUGAAUACCGAGAUUCUGCUGAAGAUAUUGUGCGCAUGCUGAAUAAACAUCAACCUCUUAUCAAGGCCAGUGUCUUCGUUGGACAGGCUGAUGGCAAGAGAGGAGAAGGCAUGAAGCAAGCACAGCAAAUUGAGGCAAUCAAUAGGUUCAAGAGGGGUGACUUCAACGUGCUCGUUGCUACCUCAAUCGGAGAAGAAGGAUUGGACAUCGGACAGGUCGAUCUAAUCGUAUGCUAUGAUUCUUCGGCAUCCCCAAUUCGAAUGCUGCAACGAAUGGGAAGAACUGGCCGAAAACGAGCGGGUAACAUCGUGCUGCUACUCAUGCGUGGCAAGGAAGAGGAUCAAUUUGCUAAAUCCAAAGACAACUACGAAAAGAUGCAAACAUUGAUUUGUGAGGGAAGUCGGUUCAAUUUUCGAUUUGACCUCUCGGCACGAAUCGUUCCAAGAGGAAUUGUACCCGAGGUGGACAAACGACACGUUGACAUUCCUAUCGAAAACACACAGGACAGGUCAUUGCCGGAGCCGAAAAAGCGUCGAGCACCGGCAGGAAAGAAGAAGCCACCGAAAAAGUUCCAUAUGCCUGAUGGAGUUGAAACAGGAUUCCAGAGUGUGGCGAGCUUGUUAAAAAUUGGUGGGAAAGCAAAGCAACAAAGCAACAAACACAACCCGGAGCUGGGUGAUCUCGCCACCGUGCCAGAACUCAGCAAGGUAUUGCUCGAUGACGAAGAGCUUAAAGAGCUCAACCGGGCAUACCGCAACUUACCGUUCAAUCAUAGCAUAAUUGAGGAGACAGAUAUGCCUGAUAUGACAGCGUACCCAGAACUGCAGAGGCAGCUCAGACCAGUAUUUAAGCUAAAGCAUGGGACACGCACCAAACGGUUUGUCAAAAUGUGGCAUAAGAUGGCACAUGAUCCAGAAAGCCUGGUUUUGCCUUGUCGAGACCAAGAUAGGAGCAACUACUUGGAGAUACCAGUACACGCAUUUGCUGGAUCCGGAUCUGAAACCAAACCAACAAACGAAACACCAACAACGAAAGCGAAAGGAAUGGGAGCGAAAGCGUCAGCCAAGAAGAAACAAAAUAGAAAGCCACCUUCAAGGGCACAACCUCGUGCGAAAAGAAGGAGAAUGUCAUCCGAUUUAGCACCGCAAACAUUUGCUGUUAGCUCCAUGGUGGAAGAGAGCCUUUCGGAAGAGGACGAUGAAGAGGAUGAUGAAGAGGAUGAGGUCAUACCUAGAGGUCGUGGACGAACAGAACAGAGCAGCAAGCCUGGAUCGAAAGUGAAGCGAAGGCCUCAGCAGAAGAAAGGUGGGCUUAACAGCGACGAAGUCGGCGAUGAUUGUGAACGGGACAGCGAUAUGAUUGAGACUGAUGGAUCCGAUAAUGGCGAAGACCUUCUGGACUUCAUCGUUUCUGAUAAUCAUCCGGUGUCGAGUGGGAGGGAGCCCUUUUCUCUACGAACAAGUUCUCCACCCGCUUCAUCAACAUCCACUCUAGAGUGUGCCCAUGAUAAAUCAACAAAGCCAUUCUAUGUGCCGACACAAUUCCCAGGCACGCAGGAGAGUGAUGAUAUCCCAGACCUGGGAGAAGUUCUGAAGAUGACCGGGAAGCAACGAGGCCAGGAGUUUUCCGACGAUGAUGUUACUGUAAGACGCAAAGCACGUGGACGGCGAGCUGUUGUGGAUGAUAGCGACAGUGAUUGAUUCGUUCGAUGGCCUGCAGAAGGGUUUUCGGCUGGAAUCGGCAACGAGAAGUCACUAGAAGAGGCGCAUCAUGAUGUAAUGACAAAUGAUACAUAAGCUAUAUGGACUAUCUGAAAGAGUAAUUGAUGGAUGGGCGAAUCACAGCAAGAGUGUCAUUGUUCAAUAUCUUUAUCCUGACCGUGUCAACACCCUAAGAAUCACUCACUAGUGCAGAUCCUGUAUAUUGGUCAG